UUUUGUGACAGUUUCGUUCGUUACAUUAUUUUUGUUAGAACAUCUCCUGCCGUUGACGUACCUUCCUGCGAAGCGUGCAGUAGACUGAGCGGAUUACCGGUACCACCAUAUACUCAUGUACCUCGCCGGAGUUUGUAGAAUCUGCUAAAACAAAUACUUGCAGAAGAAAAGAAUAUAAUGAUCGAAUUCGACGGUGAAUUAGACAAAACACCUCUGACAACAAAUGUAAAUACGAUAAAAACUGCGAGACAACAGGGAACAACAGAAAACACAAGUAUCAUAAAUGAUGGUUCUGUCACGUUAUAUAUAACAUCGUGCGAAAAUGAGACGCCAAACCUUUGCAUUGACAAAUUAAAAACAGUUAUUCCGAAAUUGAAUGUGACUAGUACAGUCCAAACGGAAUACGGCUUAAUAAUAAAUUUACAAAAUGACACAUUUCUUCAAAAGGUAUUGCAAAUGGAUUUAGCAAAAAUAUUUGGAGGUCCUGUACAGGCAGUAUCUUUAUAUUCUGGCCAAUACAAAAAAAUUGUCAGAUUUAAAGAAAUUCCUUGGUGCAUCCGAAACGAAGAAAUUGAAAAUUGUUUGAAAAGACAAGGUGUAUCGUACUCUAAGUUGACGAGGAAGAAAUCUACGUUGUACGUUGAAGUAUCGGAUUUUACAAAUUACCAAAGACUGAGAGAAGAGGGAAUAAACUUUUACGAUUCUGUGGUCCUUCGAUCUUCUGAAGAUGGAGGACUAAAUGAGGAGGUUUACUGCAACAACACCAAUAUAAUACAAUGCUACAAAUGUCAAGGGUUCUGGCAUAAAGCAAAUACAUGCAAGCAAAACAUUAGAUGUGUCCGAUGUGGGGAGGAGCACCUAGUAGAACACUGUGACCGCCCAAAAAACAGUCCGAUUUGCUGCAACUGCAAGGGGCCCCACCACGCUGCCUACAAACUUUGUCCUGUGAGACUGAAACUACAAAAAUCCGUCAGAGUGUCAUUUUCUUUCGAACAAUAGCACCGCAUACGAGGAAGUAUACUAAAUUUGUAAAAUGAAUACUUUAAAUUAAAUAAUUCAUUUCGAUUUCUUGGUAACUAUUCGAUCAUCAGGCUAUCUAAUAAAAAAAAUUACAAGAUA